CCAGCAGCUCAUGCAACAUCAUCUGCUCCCACUGUAACAUUAGUACAACUGCCCAAUGGGCAGACAGUUCAAGUCCAUGGAGUUAUUCAGGUGGCCCAGCCAUCAGUUAUUCAGUCUCCACAAGUCCAAACAGUUCAGAUUUCAACUACUGCAGAAAGUGAAGAUUCACAGGAGUCAGUGGAUAGUGUAACUGAUUCCCAAAAACGAAGGGAAAUUCUUUCAAGGAGGCCUUCCUACAGGAAAAUUUUAAAUGACUUAUCUUCUGAUGCACCAGGAGUGCCAAGGAUUGAAGAAGAGAAAUCUGAAGAGGAGACUUCAGCACCUGCCAUUACCACUGUAACGAUGCCGACUCUGAUUUACCAAACUAGCAGUGGACAGUAUAUUGCCAUUACCCAGGGAGGAGCAAUACAACUGGCUAACAAUGGUACCGAUGGGGUACAGGGCCUGCAAACAUUAACCAUGACCAAUGCAGCUGCCACUCAGCCGGGUACUACCAUUCUACAGUAUGCACAGACCAUGGAUGGACAACAGAUCUUAGCGCCCAGCAACCAAGUUGUUGUUCAAGCUGCUUCUGGAGAUGUACAAACAUACCAGAUCCGCACAGCACCCACUAGCACCAUUGCCCCUGGAGUUGUUAUGGCUUCCUUCCCAGCACUUCCUACACAGCCUGCCGAAGAAGCAGCAUGGAAGAGAGAGGUUUGUCUAAUGAAGAACUGCUCUCUGAGGAAGGAUCAUCAGUAUAAGAACAAGGACAUAGCCAGUAAAAUGGGAAAUUAA